UAGGGUGUAGAUGUGAUCAGUAGUACUGACUCUUAUACAGGACACGGUGUUCAGUAAGAGAGGCCUGUAUGCUUUCCCAGAUUACUGCUCACACAGACACACAGAUGCCCUGGUAGACGUUGGGGUCUAAUUUAUCUCUACUCCCCAGUUCCAGAUGUCAGGAAAACAGCCAGCUUGGAGAUGGAGGUGGAAGAGAUUUAAAGUGGACUUCUGCAGACCAGUUAUGUAAACAGGCAGAGAGCAGGAGGAAUAUGUGUAUAGAGGCAGGAGAGGAGAGGAGGAAAUGGAGGAAGUGAUUGCAGCGUGUCUGUUACCACACUAAUGAAAGGAAGACGUCUUUGCUGCAAAACAGCCAACCCAAAUCACCAGUCACAUGACCAUGAAGAAGAGAAAGAAGAUGACCUCUCAUCCUCCUCAUGCCCCUUAUGCGGGCGUGCCUUUGACAUGCCCCUCCUUUUGCCCUGUGCGCACACUCUAUGUGGGCGGUGCUUAACAGAGAAGGCAAAGUUAGAUAAACACAAGUCUGCACUGCGAACUGCCUCACAGGCGUCUUGUACGAUCUGUGCCGUCCUCUGCCCGCGCUGUUGCCAUGGCGUUGAACUGCCCUGUUUUGAUUGGUCAACUGCUACUGCAUGCCUGCCCCUUGACCCCACAGUAAGCUUUGAUUCAGGAUUUGGUGCACAAGAGAAGGAUGAGGAUGAGGAAGGUGUCAGGAAGAAAACAGCAGUUUCACCUGCGGGAGCCGACGUGGAUCUGUCCGAGGAGGAGAUGGAACGUUCUGUCUCAGGUCUACACUUUGCACUAGACUCCUCCUCCAUAACUCCACCCCUCAAGCUCACUAACUCCGCCUUCACUGUCACCUUCCGAGACUCUGGAUCUCAGGUGGGGGCUCGUGACCUCUGUGCGUCUCUCCCUCAGGUGUGUGCUGAUGUGGAGAUCCUCAGAGGUCAGUACUACUGGGAAGUCGAUGUGUGCAACAGCGCCCUCUACCGCAUCGGUGUGAGGUCACUGGCUGGUGGUGGUGAGGCGUGGUGGUUUGAGAGACGUGGCUCUGGGUUCCAUGCUGUGUUUGAUGGCCGGCGUGAGCUCCUCCCCUCAGUUCCACCACAGAUCAAAACAGUGGGCAUGUUCUUAAAUGUGGGCGGGUCUUCAAUCACCUUCCACAAUCCAUUAACUGAAGAACUUCUUGCCACGAUCCCGUCCUUCUUCACCCCUCCUCUUUGCCCUGCAUUUCAACUGGGGCAGGGAAGGCUGAAGCUCCGCUCAGGCCUACCUCCACCAAACCAUGUCUUUCUGAGUCGCAACUCUGCCUAUCGUGGUCCUGAAGGUGCAGGACGUGGACGGUGGAGGCGAGAUGUUGCGUUUGGGUCAGUGAGGCCCGUGAUAGAAAAGUUUGAAGAAAUGGCUGGAUCAGAUUCCGAAUCAGGCUUGACGUCCAGCUGUAGUUCUAACUCCACACUGACGUCCAUCCCUGGGCGCAGUCAGGAAAGUUCAGCUCAUGAAGACUAAAGCAUCUGAGAGUGGCAUCUACUGAACAGUUUAUGAUCAUCUGUACAAGAUCAUUUAAAAACAGUUGUGAUUCAUACUAGCACCUUCAUAGAUUCAUACUGUAUGUUGUUUAUCAACAGAUAAAUAAAUCAAUAAAUAAACAGGCUGCAUAUGAUCCCAUGUCUCUGGAUAAAGGACGAGAAUUGAAUUUUCGGUUCACAAAAAAUAUUUCUUUAUAUGCAGUUUUGUGAAUUUGUCACUUUCAAAAAUCAACCCAGUGAAAUCAAAUCGAGAAAAUCCAAAGUGUGCAUGAAAAUCUGUCAGUGAACGAGGUCCUGGUCAGUCACAGGUAAGCUAAGCUAACCAGAGGUGGGUUGUUACUCUGCAGAUGGAGACCUUUGCUGGUGUGGAGGGACAGUGAUGUCUAGGUUUUAAAGAAAUACCGACAAAAAAGUUUCCACUGCAGUAAAAUCCUGUGUGAUUAUUAAAGACAUGCAGACAUGAUGUAAUAAUGUCGCAAUGUUGUGCGUCAGAAAUGUAAAGAAAACAUGCAGCAAUUAAUCCACCCAGAUUUUCAUCUCUAAAUUAUGAACUUUCUUCAUGUUUGGAUUUUACCUGAAGCAGAAACUGCACACACUACAGACUGAAAUUCCAGGUUGUCUCGAGGUUCGACGGUUUAACUGACAGGCUGAAAGUGUCCGACGGUCAAAUUUCUUCCCAGAGAAGCAGAAAAUUAGGCACAUGUGAGCUGUGACUUGAGUAAAUGACCGUUAAAUGGCUGCCAUGGAUUGAUUGUAAACAAGGAAGUCUUUUUUGUGUAAACACAAACUUCAGGAGUUGUGUGUGUAUGUGUGUGUCUGUGUUGAGCCAUGCACCAACAAGAACAGGAAUAUCUGACAGAUUUGUCCUCAUGUGGACAUUUAUCUGCUCUCCAUGCUUUCUUUUUUGCAGCUGUAAAUAUUAUUUACAAUUUUAAAAAGUUGAUUUUCUUU